AUGUCUACCAUUAAAUGUGUCCAAUGCAAACGGGACAAAUCUGUUCUGGAUUAUGAUCAAGAUAGACAUGGUGCACCACGUAAGACCUGUCAAUCAUGCUUGCAAUGUCAGCGCGAACAACGCAGGGUCAGAGCGGAGUCUAGGCAAAUUCAAGCGAAUCAAAAUAUUGAGCGUGCUCCUAUACAACCUGUCGGUACUAUUGCUCCCCUCGCUUUCAUAUCUUCCCGUUUGUACUGGAAUCGAUUGGAACUUGGGAACAUGAAUGUUGUUUGUUCUUCGUGCCAUGCCCUGCACUGGCUGGGGGAAUGUGUGGGUGGCACCGCAGCCGCCCCAACCUUUCAGAGCUGCUGCAAGAAAGGCGAUGUUAUCUUACCAGCUAUAAAACGAGCACCACCUUACCUUCAAUACUUACUGGAAUCUUUGGACACCAUAGCGAGACAAUUUCGGACCAAUAUACGGGAAUACAAUGGUGCACUUACCUUUACGUCUGUCAAAUUUACCGCUGAUAACCGUCCUGCUGCACAAAACGGUGGAAUUACCUGUUUCCAAAUUCAUGGGGAACUAUUUCACAUGCAGGGUCCUCUGCAACCUGCACCGAAUACAACACCCUGUUUCGCUCAACUCUAUUUCUACGAUCCCAUUUAUGCAUCUCAAAUUCGCCAUUCAGCACACCCAAGACUCAACCUUGAGAUUCUACAACGUAUUACUGCUGAAUUGAAUACCGUCAACCCAUUCAUAACUCUUUACAAAACCGCAAAAGAACGUUUGGACUCCCUACCAGCUGGGGAAAGCAAUGCAAGAGUUCUUCUGAACCCACAACUACAGUUAAUCAUUGAAAGUGAUGCGGACAAGCGGCGUAACAAUCUCCCUACCAGUUAUGAGAUUGCUAUAAUCAUUCCUGAUGAAUACGAUCAAGCUGGCUUUCGUGAUAUUGUGUUGGCAAACAGGAAUCCAGACCCGAAUACAGCUUUCAGUAUUAUCAAUCCAAAUCACGCAGCUUAUAUGCCAUUGCAUUAUGUUCUACUAUUUCCGAAUGGAGACUUGGGAUGGCAUUGGAGUUUACAAUUGAGAAACGAAAUGCAGCUUAGAAAGAAUCUUCGAUUAAGUCAGAGAGCAUUUUACAGAUACCGUCUACAUUCACGUGUCGAUGAGCCCAGGACUAUCUUUCAAGCUCAACGUUUAUUCCAACAAUACUUGGUUGAUGCAUGGGCCGCAUGUGAUCAAAACAAACUCAACUGGAUUCGCCUCAAUCAAGGACAACUCCGAUCAGAUCUUUAUAAUGAUCUGUCUGAUGCAAUGCUCCGAGAUGAUUUUAGCGCCGAGCAGACUGGCAAGCGGAUUAUUCUACCAAGCAGUUACAGUGGUGGAGAUCGGUAUAUGCAACAACUCUAUCAAGACUCCAUGGCUAUUGUUCGGCACUUCGGUCGGCCAAGUCUCUUUAUAACAUUUACCGCAAACCCCAAAUGGAAAGAGAUCACCGAUGAGCUUCUCCCCGGGCAAAGUCCUGUGGAUCGGCCAGAUCUGAUUGCACGCGUCUUUCACUUAAAACAACAACAGCUUCUUCAAGAACUUGUAAUGGCAGCCAUGUGGUUUGGUUAUGCGAGGUGUUAG